AUGCCCCACACCAUAAUAGGCAUUAUUGGAUCAGGCACUGCAAGCAUAAUUAACUUAAAACGCUUGGCAAUAGAUUUCUCAAUGCUCAUUGUAGCUGAAGAAGAAUGGUUACACGAGAAAAAGAAAGUCUGUCAAUUACAGGAAAAAGGAAAGCUUCUGAAUGCAUUGAUUUUCUAUUUUCCUCCUCUUUCUGUCUACAACAACCAAUUGACCAGAGAAGAAGUUGGAAUUCAUACCAGAAAUAGAGACAAGUUAUCGUGGUGCAGUAAGAAAACCUUAACCAAUUCUCACUACAUUCAGCUCCAAAGUGCUCCAAGCAGCAUUCAAGGGAAGAAGAAUGUUGUGAGUGCAUUGGACAAGACAACUAAAGAGCUAGCAUUUGACUUGGGUGUUGAGAAGGUGGAUGAGAUAUUUCAAAAAAAGGAGGAAUUAUUUUUUCCUUAUGAUUAUAAGGAGAGGAAGGAGGAUCAUAUUCAUCCUCAAAAUCUUGAAAAUAAGAAGAAACUUUUGAUGAAGAAGUUUAUGAUGGUGACUUUGAUGAUGGGGAAAUGGCCUUUAUCAUCAAAAGGUUUACAACUAGCAAAAAGGAAUAAGAGAUUCUUUGGUAGAAGUAGUGGCUUCAGGGGCUCUAGUUCUAGAGACAAAGGUGAUGACCAGAAGAGUUGCUUUAACUGCAAGAAGUCUGGUCAUUUCACAGAUGAUUGUCCUGGUAUGCAAAAGGAUAUACGAAAGAAAUGA